GCAACUUCUGGAGAUAUAUCCAUUUCGAUCAUCACACAAGAAAAUGUCUACCGCGUUCAAGUUCGAGAAUGAGAUCGUUCAAAGAUCGGAGCGAGCUAAAUCUGUUGAGUUCCAUCCAACACAACCAUGGAUUCUUGUAAGUUUGCAUUCAGGAACCGUCUACAUUUGGAACUACCAAUCCCAGACUACUGAGAAAACAUUCAAGGUGGCCGAGUCCCCAGUGAGGUCUGCCAAAUUUAUCCCGAGCAAGGGCUGGGUAAUUGUUGGAUCGGACGAUGCCUUUAUUCGUGUGUACGACUAUGGCACGAUGGAGAAGAUCAAAGAGUUCCAAGCGCAUAAAGAUUAUAUCAGAUGCUUGUGCGUCCACCCUACACUUCCCUACGUGCUAUCAGCAUCGGACGACUCUGUUAUAAAGCUCUGGAACUGGGAGAAGGACUGGACGUGUACUCAAACAUUCGAAGGACAUUCACAUUAUGUGAUGCGAGCAGUGUUUGAUCCUCGAGAUCCCAAUGCUUUUGCAAGUGCAUCACUCGAUGGAACUAUAAAGAUUUGGAAUGUUCACUCUUCUGCGCCUAAGGUUACUUUGGAUGCGCAUGAGAAGGGGCUGAACUUUGUUGAUUACUUCUCUAGGGAUGAUGUGCUCUAUUUACUUAGUGGCUCUGAUGAUUACACUGCUAAGGUUUGGGAUGAUAAAGGAAGAAGCUGUAUACAAACGCUCGAGGGACAUGAGCACAAUGUUACCGCUGUGUGUGCGCAUCCUGAGCUGCCCAUAGUAAUUACCGGUUCAGAGGACGAGACUCUUCGUAUGUGGGAUGCAAAUGGCUUCGGGCUUAAGCACGUAGUGAGAUUCGGUAAUGGAAGGAUUUGGGAUAUUGCAUAUCAGAAAGGAUCGCGCCGGGUUGUGGUCGCCUGCGAUGAGGGAAUAGCCGUGGUCGAGAUUGUGUGCUGAUAGUGUGGAGCCUUAUUCUAUUUCCAAUAAAACAGAUCCUGACUUCUACAAUUGUUACUUUCAAUUUGAACUUCAAAUAAGAGUGGAUACCGUUUACGUGUACUAGUUUACGUGUAUAUCGCUUUGUACCAGUUUACGUGUAUACUCUUGCGUCCUUCCAGUGGCAGGAUUUUCCAGCGUAACCUAAAGAUCUCAUACUUUCC